AGGUACAGCAUCAAGGGGUGCUACAAGUCGCACAAGUACUAUAAAACGCUAUUUCUAGGCCUGCUGGACAUGGCGCUAGUGACCGCGUUCAUAGUCUUCCGUCAGUACCGAAAGGCGAAUAACCAAAGACCCGCCAAGCACUUCGCCUUCUUCGAGACACUGAUGGAGCACCAUCAGACGAUUGACACCCAAGAGGCCUACGCAACAAUCGAGGUACGUACUAUAUUGACAAGUCAAUAUACGAGUCGCUGCAAAGAAUUCUGA